AUGUACGGCGCCCACGUCCAUUCACACUUGGCUUUAUAUGGUGUUCAACGGGCUGUCCUGGCGCUGUUGAACAACGAUGUCUCGAAAUUGGGAGACGAAAAGAAAGCGAGCUCAGACCACGUCCGGGCUGUGGCUUACGCACUGCAUACAACUUACAACUCGCCACACCAGCCACACCAGCCACGACCUGGAAGGCUGCUCGCAGCCCCGCCGCAACUCCGAACCGCCCUUCUCGCUUCGUCGUUUCCUGCACAUGCGCCCCUGCUUCUCUUGCCGCGCUACUCGAGCUCUAUGCCGACGAUCGCGCAGCCCGAGUUCUGGAAGUCUCUCAUCCCGAAACCGUUCCGACCGGAGGAGAAGCUGCCCGACGACCCGAUGAUCAAGCGUGUCAAGGCUAAAAAGGUCCAAUCGAAGGAAUGGAACCCGGCGACCUUCUACAUUGUCAUUUUCCUCCUCAUAGGGUCCAUGUCCAUCAACCUCAUCUCGCUAAGGCAGUCGUUCGAAACUUUUAUGCGCCAGUCUGAUGUGCGCAUCGGCUUGCUCCGGGAGGUCAUUGAGAGGAUACAGAGGGGGGAAAGGGUGGAUGUCGAGAAGGUCUUAGGGACGGGGAAUCCGGACAAGGAACAGGACUGGGCCGAAGUUCUCCGCGAGAUUGAGCGCGACGAUGUGACACGCAGUCAGCGAAAGGAGCGCUCCCGGAGCAGCAGCAGCAGCAACAACAACGAGCCAACCACAAGGUCCAAGCCAGAACAAACGUCAGAACCGCAACCUACCGAGGCGAAGACUAAGGCGAUCAAAACGCGAACACAAGAAACCGGCA